UUUGUUCAUUUUCUUUUUUUUUUUUCUUUAUUCGUCAUCAGAUUCUUCACUGAGGCCCCAAAAUCUCUUACGAUCCAAUCAAUGCCAACUUCUCUCUAAUCUUUCUUUAUAAAACUUAGGGUUUUUUUUUCUCUCUUUCAAGCACUCCUCUUUAAUCCGUUAGCUUUCAUGUUUCCAGAAUUGCCCACUCUGUAAUCUUCCCCAGUUUUAUUACUUUAGGGUUUUGGGUUCGAUUCAGUGUCAAAUUCUUGCUUUUGAGGUCUGAUCAGAGCUCGAAUUGGGGGGGUUUUUGAUGGUCCUCUUUUUUAUUGGGUGGGAUUUAGGGGUUUCUUGCUAGCCGUUUGAUUUGUUGACUUUAGGGAUUGAAUUUGUUGAUGUCAGGAGAUUUUGAUUGGGCUUUGGAGGUGCCACCUGUAGAGGAUUAUUGAAGCACUGGUUGAAUUUUAGAAAUUUGAGAUAUUAGGGUUUGGUUUUUUAUGUACUAAUUAGAAAAAAAAGUGAUCUUUUUUGGGUAUGGUUUUGAUUUGGUGGCUUUUAAUGUAUAAUCAUUAGGGGGUCCUCUGCUCCUUGUUGUAGAGGAUCCCUAUUGAAAAAAAUCGAAAAUUUUAUGAUUUUAAGUUACCAAUCUUGAUCAGUUCAGGUGAAAGUUAUCAAGUGCUUUUAAUUGCUUGAAUUUUAGCGUUUUUCUUGGUGAAAACAAAGAGAAAAAGCCAAGUCGGAAAUUUGUUGAAUUUUAGUUUUGGUGGAUUCAAUAAAUUAUGGAGAAGAUGUUUGCUUCUGGUCCAGAAACUGGCCGUAUUCCAAUGCGCUUUGUCUGGCCUUAUGGGGGACAGAGAGUGUUUCUCAGCGGCUCCUUUACUAGGUGGUCAGAGCAUAUACCCAUGUCUCCAAUGGAGGGUUGCCCCACUGUAUUUCAAGUUAUUUGUAGCUUGAGCCCUGGAUAUCAUCAGUUUAAGUUUUUUGUUGAUGGUGAAUGGCGGCAUGAUGAGCAUCAGCCCUUUGUAAAUGGUAAUUAUGGUGUGGUUAACACUGUCUUUAUAGCUACAGAACCAGAUAUGGUUCCUCCAAGUUUUAGUCCUGAGACCCCGGGAAGAUCCUAUAUGGACGUUGAUGAUGUUUUUAUUCGUUCGGAACCAGUUCCAACAAUAUCAGAUGCAGAUUUAGAGGUCUCUCGUAAUCGUAUAUCUGCUUUCUUGUCAGGACACACUGCAUAUGAGUUGCUUCCGGAGUCAGGCAAGGUUAUUGCCUUGGAUGUUAAUAUAGCUGUGAAGCAAGCUUUCCAUAUUCUGCAUGAACAGGGAAUUCCCAUGGCCCCUCUUUGGGAUUCUUGCAAGGGCCAGUUUGUUGGAGUUCUUAGUGCAUUGGACUUUAUUCUUAUCUUAAGAGAGUUGGGGAAUCAUGGUUCGAAUUUGACAGAGGAAGAAUUAGAGACACACACGAUAUCAGCUUGGAAAGAGGUAAAGGUGUACCUUAGCAGACAGAUUGAUGGCAAUGCAGGAUCAUCUUCGAGGCGUCUUGUUCAUGCGGGGCCUUAUGAUUCUUUGAAGGAUGUUGCUCUGAAGAUUUUGAAAAGUAAGGUGGCUACAGUUCCCAUCACUUAUUCUUCAUCACCAGAUGGUUCAUUUCCACUUCUGCUACAUCUUGCCACCUUGUCUGAAAUACUAAAAUGUAUAUGCAGACAUUUUAAACAUUCUUCUAGCUCCCUGCCCAUUCUUCAACAACCUAUUUGUUCAAUUCCCUUGGGUACUUGGGUACCAAAAAUUGGGGAAUCAAAUGGUCGGCCGUUGGCUAUGCUGCGACCAAAUGCCUCUCUUGGUGCUGCCUUAUCAUUGUUAGUUCAAGCUGAGGUAAGUUCGAUACCAGUAGUGGAUGAGAAUGACUCAUUGCUUGAUAUAUAUUCGCGAAGUGAUAUAACCGCUUUGGCAAAAGAUAAAGCAUAUGCUCAGAUUCAUCUUGAUGAAAUGAGUAUUCAUCAGGCCUUGCAACUGGGUCAAGAUGCAAAUUCUUUCAAUGGACAAAGGUGUCAGAUGUGUCUUCGGUCAGAUACUUUGCACAAAGUGAUGGAGCGGUUGGCAAACCCUGGGGCUAGGAGACUUGUGAUUGUGGAGGCUGGCAGCAAGCGUGUAGAAGGAAUUAUUUCAUUGAGUGAUGUGUUUAGGUUCUUGCUUGGUAUUUAACUCAAAAGUCCGAGCUGUAAUUCCCUUCGAGGGCUUUACCGUGAUGGCAUCGAGGAAGAUCCAUUAAUUUCAUUGAGUUGUGUUUUUUCUCUGCUCCUCCAUCCGUCCCUCCCAUGGUGAAUGGUCUUAUUUGUUACUCAGUCUUUUUAUGAGGAUAGAAGUUUCAGAGAGCAAGAAAUGAAUUUGUAAAUUGUGAGAAUUCAAUUUUUCCCCUUCAUUUCAAUAACCUAAUUAUUGUCAAACUCAACCAUGCUGCUGGAGAUGCUCUCCUUGUCCGUGUCUGCUAACAGAAAAAAAAAAUGUAGCUGAAAAAACCAAAGUGAAAAAGAGGGUGGGUAUUUUUUUUUUAGCUUCUGAUUUCUUUUUGUUUAAAAAGGGUUGAAGAUUUGGGAAAUGGUGCAUUUACUAGCUGUUAAUGUUCUAUUAUGUUUGUUUUAAGGCCAAGCAACGAUUCACUUCCAGUAUAAUCAUGUGGCACAAAGUACAAUCCAUGUGAAAAACACUUUGUCAUUCUCUAGCAUCUUUGACCGGUCUGUUCCCUCUUGAUUUGUCAAAAACAUUUAAAUCUUUCUAUUUCUAUGUUUGCUUUCUUUUCAGCUCUUCUGGGCGGAGGUUCUAUUAACAGCUCCCUACUCUAUCCUCUUCCUAGUUAAGGAUCCUCUUCUUUCCCAUUGA